GAGCACAUUAAAUAUACUAAACCAUUUAAAUCAUAUUUUUCCAUUUAAAGCUAAUAAAUACUGGAUUGAAUAGAAUAAAAAAUAGCUUGUUUAUGAAAAUAAUGUUUAUUUUUAAGGAAUGACAUACUUGUUUUCAACACUCCCACUCUGGACUUUAAAAUGGGAAUACCACUCCCAUGAAUCAUAGCUUUUUGAAUGACUACUAAAAAAAUCCAGACUAAGCAAUCUCAGUAGUAUAUAAAACAAAGACACCACUGAAAGUCUGAUUUCAUCAACAAAUUUCAUAAAAAUGAAGACAUUCCUUAAAAUCGGGUUUGUUUUGCUACUCCCAGUUCUGAAUUUUAUGACAGUAUCCACUGAUGAUAAUGCUGACAUCACUAAUAAUGCUGACAUCACUGAUGUAGACAAACAUUGGAUCAGGAAAUGUGGAGGAAAAUCCCAACUUGAAUGUGAUCAGCGGACACAUUUCUGCGAUGACAGAGUUGACAAGUGUAGUAGAUGUACAGACUUUUGCUCUGAGAGUAGGGUCAAGGGACUAACACAAUUGGAAAAACGUUGUUAUGAAGUUUGCCCAGUUUGGUUGUACAUAGAACAGCAAGAGAAAAUACAGGAGGAAAGUAAACCAAACAGCAUUCAAUCCUCAGGACAAUCUGCCAUAAACACCCACUUCAAUCCAUUAGCAAGUUCAUCAACUAUAACGAUUCCACCAUACAUAGUAAUAGGCUUACUGAUAUGUUUCGGAGCACUGUGCCUAUUUGGAACUGUUGCAUCAAUUGUAGCAAUUUUCGCAAUGAAGUUAUAUAUUACUAAACGAAAGGAGGAAACCACAAAGGAGGAAGAACAAAAGAAAAUCAUGAAGACUGCAAAAGGACACAAUAUCCACAAAACAAGUUCUGUCAUGGGAGGACAUCAUUUUACAGAAGUACAGCGACCUCUUAUUAAUCCAGAAAGAUCCUACAAUGACAGACAUGAUAGAGACACUCAUAUUGAAAUGGAUCCCAUUGGAAAUGGACAUGUUUUAAAUUCUGACAAAGGAUUGGACAGUAUAAGUGAACAAACUGAAGACGAUACUGAAUUGAAAAAGAUACAGUACAUCAGCCACAUCCACAUCUGGCCAAUUCUAUUCCAAGCACAGUUUCAGAAUAUCAGUAUGAAGGUGGUCCUUUGCUUGUUUGUUGCUGUCAUUGCCUGCAUUGAAGCAUGCCAUGUAGAAAUUGACAACAGGAGUGGCUAUGAAGUUGGCUGGACUCUAGUUUUUGCCAGUAAAACCAAUGGAUAUGGUUUGGUUGAUAGUGGCAAACGACACACACAUAACUGCAACACAUGCCUGCCCAGAGACAUCUAUGUGACAUGGAACAAUGUCAACUGCUACAUCUAUGUGAACUGUGUUAGUAAGCCAACCAUUGAAGUGAACAUCUUUCCCCAAUCUGGUGGAAGAUGGGUGAUGAAUCUAAGAAACACAGCAACUGGGAAAACCACGCAGUGCCCCAUGCCAGCACCAAGAUCCUAUGUUUAACACAUGUAGCAGUUCAACAGAAUUUGAUUGUCAUGAUUUUCAGAAUACAAAAUACAAUAAUUGAUUAACAAUAAUAAAAA